UCAAAAUGGAGCUGUUUGUGUAGAGUACGCUGUGAUGUCCUUGGUUAUUUAGCUGUCCACUGUCGUUUUUAGUGGAGUAGGCAGUCUUUUUACGGCUCAGUACACUCCCGUGCCACUGUACAUCAUGGGGGUUUUGUGCUUUGCUCGGGGAGUGCUGGCGUCCGCCUCCGGCCUCGGUGUUUACGCCAGGAAAAAACCCGGAGGUUUGUGUGUAACCCUUCUCUCAAGUGUGUUAGCUCCAGCUGGGAUCCGUGUCAGGAGGUACAGCCAGGACACGGGUAAUCCUAAACACUCCCCGGGGCAAUUUGUGUGCUAUUACCUUCCGCACAGGAGCCUGCUGAAAAUUCAGGGACAAGACACGAGCGCGUUUCUCCAGGGUAUUAUAACCAAUGACAUGGCGGUACUGGAUGAGCCUGAACACAGAGCUUUAUACGCACACAUGCUAAACGUACAAGGAAGGACACUAUAUGACAUCAUAUUGUACAGAUUAAAAGAAACAGAAGGAGGAUACGGUGUUUUCCUGGAGUGUGACAACACAAUUAAGGAUUCCAUCUUGAAACACUUGAAAGUAUACAAGAUCCGCAGAAAAGUCAACAUUAGCCCUUGUUCAGAGCUCUCUGUGUGGGCUGUGCUGUCCCAGCAAAACAAGCCAGGUCAAGAGUUCAGUAAGCCUGAGCUUUCUUCCCCUGAUAAAGCUCUGGCAUGGGAGGCUGAUCCAAGAACUCAGCAAAUGGGCUGGAGAUUUGUGCUACAGAGUGAUGUUGAUCCUCUCAAAGUCAUUGCAUCCUGUCAGAAAGGAGACACUGAAGACUAUCACAGACAUCGCUAUGCCAUAGGUGUGCCUGAGGGAGUCAAAGACCUUCCUCCUGGGGUUGCAUUACCACUAGAGUCCAAUCUUGUCUACAUGCAGGGUAUCAGCUUUAGCAAGGGCUGCUACAUUGGCCAGGAACUCACAGCCAGGACUCAUCACACUGGUGUGAUUCGAAAACGCCUGAUGCCAAUACGCUUGUCAUCUCCAGUGGAACACCUCGAGGAAGGAACGGCACUGCUAACCCAGUCAGGCAAGCCAGCUGGGAAGCACAGGGCAGGGACAGGAGAACUGGGCCUAAGUCUGAUCCGCAUGGCGCAUGCCAAAGAGGUGUUGACGCUCAUAUCUUCUGACGACACUACAGUGACACUCAAGGCCUCCGUGCCAGACUGGUGGCCUGAAGAUGCGAAAUGUAACUGAAGGGAAUGAUGUUUUAAAGCUCCCUAAAAAUGACAUGCAUCACAUCUGACAGACUUCUCAUAGACAUAACCCUCAAGUACAGUAUGUUACACUGUCAUUGCUUAACAGCUGUGUGGCACUGGUCCGUGUUUGGGUAUCUUUUUUUUUUUUUGCAAUAAAGCCCAAGUUUGUGUGUG